GAUCGGAUAGUUUUUCUUGAAGGGCUGCUCCAACAUGAUUUCCAAUCAACCUCAAUUGUUGGCCAGCUUCGAGACUACCGGUCUCAUUGCCGUGGUCAUCCUGUCGGGGGUUUUUUUCUUGUUGACCUCUGGUAACAAGUCUCAGUUGCCUUUGGUAAACGGGAAACGUCCUUUCGAACUUGGAAUAGCCAAAGCUCGCCAGCGCUACUUGAAAGAUGCGCACAAUCUUAUCAUGAGUGGUCUCUCAAAGGCUGGAGCCUUCCGAGUAGUCACUGAGAAUGGCACAAGAACCAUCCUCUCCGCUGAUUAUGCAGAGGAUAUUCGCAGUCAUCGCUCGCUGACCUUGAGCGGUGCUUUGGUGACUGAGCACCAUGUCAAUAUUCCAGGCUUCGAUGCCGUCAAAGUCACCGUCACCUCGGAUAUCAUUCAAGAUACUGUUCGAACCAAGCUCACCCAGAAUUUGAUCAACAUCACCGAGCCUAUGUCUGGCGAAGCAAAUAUCGUUUUAAGGGAGCAAUGGACUAACAACCCUGACUGGCAUGACAUUCACCUAAGGCCCAAGGCUCUUGGUCUAAUUGCUCAACUCUCAUCUCGGGUAUUUCUGGGGGAGAAGAUUUGUCGCAACCCCGACUGGCUACGAAUUACGGUCAACUACACAAUCGACUCCCUGAUUGCUGCUGCGCAGCUCAGACUUUGGCCGGAGAUUCUGCGUCCCUUGGCGGCGCGCUUCCUCCCAAAAUGCCAAAAGAUCCGACAAGAGCUCGCAGAAGCCAACAAUAUUAUCAACCCGGUUGUGGAGGAGCGAAAGAGGGAUCGAAAAGCAGCCAUCGCGGAGGGCAAACCCGAAGAAACAUACCACGAUGCGAUUCAGUGGCUUGGGGAAAACGGCCAAAGUCAGCCUUUUGGUCAGGCUGCAAUGCAACUAGCUUUAUCUACGGCCGCUAUUCAUACAACAACUGAUCUACUCACCCAGACGAUCCUUGACCUUUGUGAACGGGAAGAUGUCGUUCAUGAACUCCGAAAGGAAAUCAUCACGGUGCUUGGAGACGGUGGUUGGAAUAAGAGUACUAUGUACAAACUCAAGUUGAUGGACAGUGUCAUCAAAGAAUCUCAACGAGUCAAGCCUAUGGCUAUCGCUAAAAUGGCCCGCAAAGCGGAAAGUAACGUCAAGCUAUCUGAUGGAACCGUCAUCCCAAAAGGUGACAUCAUCCUUGUCUCUUGCAGCAAGAUGUGGGAUCCAAGUAUUUACCCAGACCCCGAAACAUUCGAUCCUUACCGGUUCCUGAAGCUCCGCGAGGGGUCUACGGACAUGGAGAGCGUAGCUCAGUUUGUUUCACCUUCUCCCCAGCAUAUGGGGUUUGGCUUUGGAAAACAUGCCUGCCCAGGUCGAUUCUUCGCUGCCGCUGAGCUGAAGGUUAUUCUGUGUCAAGUCAUCAUGAAAUAUGACUUCCGGUUGGCUGAAGGAUGCACACCACAGAUCUUGAGAUCAGGAAUGAGAUUGUCUGCAGACCCAUUAGCGAGAAUUUCUGUGAGAAGAAGACAGGAAGAGAUUACUCUAUAG